AGCUAUUUAGCCUAAUAACUUCGUCAUUUACUUCAAUAUGACGCGUCCGCUGCUGUUGUUCGGUUGACUUUUCCCAGGCAUGUUCUGCCGCCGGCAGCGACACCUUCCUCUGCCCGGAGCUAGUUGAGCAAUAUGGCAUCAAAACGUAAUAUCCGCUAUAGCCGUGUUUCUGUAGAUGAAGAUAGUGAUUAUGAUGGUAGCAGCCAAAAUCGACAUGACCCAAGAUUUGAUUAUGAACCUAGAACAUACGACAAGAUUCCUUGGAAGUCGAUAUUUCUAGCUAUUUUUUUGCUCCUUCUCGGUUGUUUGCUACUCUUGCUUGCAUUCUUCAUAUUCACUGGUCACAUGGGAGGGGAGCUUUCCCAAGCAUACGGCUUCUUAGGACUAGGAGUUCUUACCUUUGUUCCAGGCUUUUACGAGACUCGGAUUGCAUAUUACUCCUGGAGAGGUACCCAAGGAUACCGUUUUGCCUCAAUUCCCGACUAUUGAGGUUUUCAUUUCUUGAAUACAUACUCUGUUGUGAGGUAGAAGUUCCUCUGAAGAACUUUCAACAUUAUGUUUCUCCUUGUAUGCAUAGAGAACCGAGUGUACAUAUUUAUCAGAUAAUGGAAAAUGGAGUGUUUGAUCUGUUCCUGAUUGAACCUUAUAAUAGCAAGGAAGUGGCCAAGAUUAAAGGACGAUUGGCUUUUUGAUUGCUUAUGCAUUUACAUAAUGUAUCUGACAUGUUGAUUGCCGGUGUAAACAAAUGAAGCUGUGUGGAUCAUAGUGUAGUAAAAGCUUGGUUGAUUAUAUAAAGUUUCUUGCCCGAGCUUUAGAAGAUUAGCUUUAAUUAUGCUUUGAAUCUCCAACAAGCUUUGAUUGACCCUUCAACACGAAUGCAAGUGGACCAGUUCGA